CCGCAUUGUCGCCCCCUGCAGGCCGCGGCGGGCACGGCAGCCGGAAGAGCCCGAGCUCCUGCCACCGUGUCCGCGCCGCCGCCGCUGCCGCCGAGCUCCGCCGGGCCCCGAUUGCAGCCGAACGACCUCGGAGCCGCCCGCCGCGGCCCCGCGUCCUCCGAUCAGAGCCGCUGCGCCUCCCGCCCGGCCUCCGCCCUCCGCUCCCCGCCCGGGCCCGCCCGCACCGGCCUUCACUCUGGAGCGGCCCGGGCAGCCGCAGCAGGGGCGGCGGCGGCGCAUCGAGGAGCUCUCCAGGUCGUCCCGGGAGAGGCUGCUGCAGUCCCGGGACAGGAUGUUCUCCAAGCUCACGUCCAUCCUGCAGCAUGCCGUGGAGGCGCUUGCACCGUCUCUUCCGUUACAAGAAGAUUUUGUUUAUCACUGGAAGGCAAUCACCCAUUACUACAUAGAAACCUCAGAUGAUAAAGCCCCAGUGACCGACACAAACAUCCCAUCCCACCUGGAACAGAUGUUAGACAUACUGGUCCAAGAAGAAAAUGAGCGGGAAUCUGGAGAGACAGGGCCAUGCAUGGAAUACCUGCUCCAUCACAAGAUUUUGGAAACAUUGUACACCUUAGGGAAAGCCGACUGUCCUCCAGGCAUGAAGCAGCAGGUUCUGGUGUUCUACACCAAGCUUCUGGGAAGAAUCCGGCAGCCCCUGCUUCCACACAUCAACGUACACAGGCCUGUGCAGAAAUUAAUUCGACUCUGUGGUGAGGUCCUUGCCACCCCAACGGAGAAUGAAGAGAUCCAGUUUCUCUGCAUUGUGUGUGCGAAGCUGAAACAGGAUCCCUACCUGGUCAACUUCUUCCUGGAGAACAAAUCCAAGUCCCUCACAUCCAGAGGAGCUCUGAGUGUCAUCUCAGAGGAUGGCCCAAAAGGUCAGGACCCCGCGUCAGGAGACGUCAGCCAGUGCCACCAGCCGCAGGAGUUGUCGGGUGCCCCUGGGGUGGAGCACGCUGAGUCGGAGGAUGAGCCCCCUCAGCAGGUGGAUGACCUGUCUGCAAGUCUGGAUGACCUCAAUGUCACCUCACUGCCAGAGGCCUCUGCCAUCCGGCCAAACCAGGACUACAACUUAGUGAAUUCUUUGUUAAACCUGACAAGAAGCCCUGAUGGCCGGAUAGCUGUGAAAGCGUGCGAGGGCUUGAUGCUCUUGGUGAGUCUGCCGGAGCCGGCGGCUGCCAAGUGCCUCGCUCAGAGUACCUGCUUGUGCGAGCUUCUGACUGGCAGACUCACCUCCCUGUACAAGGCCCUACCUCAGUCAGUGGAUCCCUUAGACAUUGAAACCGUGGAGGCAGUUAACUGGGGGUUGGACUCCUACAGCCAUAAAGAAGACGCGUCAGCAUUCCCGGGGAAGCGGGCCUUAAUUUCGUUUCUUUCCUGGUUUGAUUACUGUGAUCAGCUCAUCAAGGAGGCACAGAAGACUGCUGCCGUUGCUCUUGCCAAAGCCAUCCAUGAACGGUUCUUCGCUGGUGUCAUGGGGCCCCAGCUGAUGCAGACCUCCGAGAUGGGGAUUCUGACAUCAACGGCCUUGCUGCACCGCAUCGUUCGGCAAGUGACCUCGGACGUCCUGCUGCAGGAAAUGGUGGUCUUCAUCCUCGGAGACCAGAGGGAGCCAGAAACUCUGUCAGAAAUUAGCAGGCAUCCUCUGAGACACAGGCUGAUCGAGCAUUGCGAUCACAUAUCCGAUGAGAUCAGCAUAAUGACUCUGAGGAUGUUUGAGCAUCUCCUACAGAAACCCAACGAGCACAUCCUGUACAACUUGGUCCUAAGGAAUCUCGAGGAAAGAAACUACACAGAGUACAAACCUUUAUGCCCGGAAGACAAGGACGUGGUGGAGAAUGGGCUGAUAGCAGGAGCUGUAGAUCUGGAGGAAGAUCCAUUAUUUACUGACAUUUCACCAGAUAACACUCUGCCAAGCCAAGGGUGGGUCUGCUCACCCCGCACCAGCCCAGACCAUCCCCAAAACGAUGGCAAGACGGAAGUGCAUAAAGUCGUCAACAGUUUCCUCUGUCUAGUGCCAGAUGAAGCAAAGUCCUCCUACCACGUCGAGGGCACCGGCUAUGACACCUACCUCCGAGACGCUCACAGGCAGUUCAGAGACUACUGUGCCAUCUGCUUACGGUGGGAGUGGCCUGGAGCCCCCAAACCACUGGAGAAGUGUGACUUGGAAGCUGCCUUCUUUGAAGGACAUUUUUUGAAAGUUUUAUUUGACAGAAUGGGAAGAAUUCUUGAUCAGCCGUACGAUGUGAACCUGCAGGUGACCUCGGUGUUGUCCAGACUCUCCCUGUUCCCUCAUCCGCACACACACGAGUACCUUCUGGAUCCCUACGUGAACCUGGCCUCUGGCUGUAGGUCUCUCUUCUCUGUGAUUGUCAGGGUUGUUGGCGACCUGAUGGUUCGAAUUCAGCGCAUUCAAGACUUCACCCCCAAGCUUCUCCUAGUCCGAAAGCGGCUGCUUGGCUUGGAGCCCGAAGGCCCCAUCGUUGACCACAUCACGCUGCUGGAGGGCGUGAUCGUGCUCGAGGAGUUCUGUAAGGAGCUGGCAGCCAUUGCUUUCGUUAAGUACCACGCUUCGGCCACGCCGUGAAGGAAGGACCCGGGUCACUGGACGUUUCCUCCACUCAGCCACGAGAGGGUAAAAAGCCUUGUAAAUGAAGUAUCGAGUCAACCGCACAGAAUGAUAGGAAUCCGCUGCGUGACUGCUCUCCGCGAGACCUGAUGUUGCUCCCACUCGCUCUGCCAUAAUCCCCUGUCUGACUGCACGUUGUUCAAGCCCAGGAAACAAUCAAACUUGAGGAGAUCGAGUGAGUCUGCAGUGACUGAGAGACUGCAAAACUUGUGAUGUCAGGACUUGGCUGAUGUUUCUGUUCUUUUAAUAUCCUUUUAGGCAGCAAAGCAUUCUGACAUUCUCUGGGACUCAAAUGCUUAUAUUCUUUUGUAUUAAUAAGCAGCAAAAAAAAAUCACUAAUUUUAUAACUUUUUAAGGUUAAGAUUCUUAUCAUACAAAAAUAUUUAGGAAAACUAAAUGAAAAAAAUCGUUGAGGAACAUCAAAAGAAUCUGAAGGAGAAUCUGCAUGCAGAGCAGCAUCAACUCCUUCAGCUUUUGUAAGAAUAACAAUUUAAUAUGAUAAAGAAAUUCUUAAUAUAUUAUAUAUAUUUUUAAAGAAAUGUUCUUUUACUCUUUUGUGCACACAGCCAUAUUCGUGGUUGAUUUUCCUGCGUGGCUCCCAGUUUAGUUAAAGCUGUCAUUUUUGCAACAGCAUUGGGUUUACGCUUGUCAUUGGCAGUGUUUGCUAAAAUACUAUAUUUUAAGCUAAUUAACAGAUGCUGGGCUGAGACCCCACCCCUCCAUUUCCUCUCUGAAAAUUGCUUUAUGAAAUUGCUUUACGAUUGACUUCCGUUCUGAAGUGCGUGGCAGUGUUAGCAGGAUCGGGCGUGCCCAGGGCCUCUCAGCAGUCACGGUUCUCUUUAUUAGGUUCAGUCUUUGUCUUAAGUGAUUCUAAAGAGAUUGUUUUUAAGUCUCUUCAUGUUCAGUUUACUCCUUAAAGGAUUUAAGGAAACAGAGUGUGCGUGCAUGCGUGCGUGCGUGUGUGUGUGUGUGUGUGUGUGUGUGUGUGUGUGUUUGAGUAGUACGGAUACAGGGAUGUCUUGGUUAGCCAAGGUGCAGGGUAUAGCUGCAGGACACGUGGACACCUUGUCCCCUUGUCUGUCUAGUCUUUAUGUGACUGAUGGCAGUCACUCAGCUAUGGUUCUGGAGCUCAUGUCCUCAUCCUUAUUGAAGUGUUAAAACAGCUGCACUUUCCCAGCCAUUACUGAUGGGGACAAUCAGAAGGCAGUCACCAGCUGGGGCUGUACAGCUUGGAGCAUGUUUGACACGUUGCUCAGUCUGUUUUCCUAGUGUUUCAGAUUCGUUUUAUAGCUCAGUUUUGCUACUUAGGAACAAAAUACCAGAAGAUGAAGAAUAGCCUCCAUUCCGGAACGUUCAUCAUUGUUAAAAUAACAAAACCACUCCAUGUUUCUAACAAGAUUCGAGUCUUUCUCUGUUCCUUCAAGAACUCCGUUAAGACGGACAGACAGACAGAGAACCAGAGCGGGAGGCAGCAGUCCCCUGCGUGGCCUUCCUUCCGUGGCUCUGCGCAAUGAGCAGUGGUUCCCUUUGUUGUAUUUAUUGACUAGUUUCUGCAAGAAUCCCCGCAGCUCCUCCAUCUUCAGAUGUUGCUACCGUCAGCUUUGAUGGUGUAUUUGAGAUAAGGCACUGAGAGGAAUCGGGUGUUUCUUAAUGCUCUCCUAGUGCUCUGUGGGUCCCAGUGGGGUGAGCUCCAGACCAAAAACCCCGCCCUUCACCUCACGGCCGGACCUGUGGUACCCCACAUGAUGAGCUCGGCCAAGCUUUACCUCUGUGCUGCUGCUCCUGAGGACACGCUUCUCCUACGUCGUCAUGAUGACCCUGCCCUGCCGCCAGCCAGGAUUAGCCUGUUCCUCUUCUAUUUCUUUUUCAUAUUUAAUUCAGACCCAGAGUCAGCACAAGUCAUGGAACUGAGUUUGAGUUGAUUUAAAGAAACCAUGAGCCACAUCUAAGGUUUUUCUCACAGUCUCAGAGAUUCCAGGAUUUCCAUAGACUGUGUUGGGCGAAAAGGCAAGUGGUUGCCAUGCUGAGUUCCAAACUGAGUCCCAGCCUGCUUCGUGUUUGAAUAAAUAGGAAGUCAGCAUGCACAUUUUCUUUUUACUUUCUAACAAUGUAGUCUUUGGUUUAUUUUCAGUAAGGAGCCAUUUUUCACUUGACAAAAUCAGAUUUGUCUUCGCCAGUCUCUAUUGUUGUGCUCACAUAAGUGUGUAAUGUUCUCAUAACAUAUCUGUGCAAUAUGAAGCUGUGAGUGGGUUCAUAGCUUUUUGGCCUAAUUGUAUAUUAUUGUGUGUACAUGUGUGUAUAUAAAUGUGUGUGUAUAUGUGUAUAUAUAUAUAUAUCUAUAAAAGGACCAAAAUCCUUAUAGCUUGCUUACACUGUUGCUAGUGUAAAGAUUGUUACAUUUAAUUUUACAGGGCACAAAUUAUAGAAUUACUUCAUACUUUUCAUGGUAAUGUCUCCAUAAAUUAUUACAUUACUAUAUAGUUACCAUUUAAUUAUGAAGUUUACCGUGUAACAGAAGAAGUUAUGGUGAAAUGCCAAACCCACAAACUACGGUAAUUUUACAUUUCGGGUUGAACAAUAAAGCAAAAUAUGCAUGUCAUCAUAACACUUAGAUAACCCUCUUCUGGGCCCUGUAAAAUCCUGUCACCGAUACUCUGUUGGCCUCCUGCCUUGUUUACAUUAAACAGGAUAUUUGGCAUAUCUUUCCACAAGCGCCGCGUAGGUCGCUAGCAGUGUUCUGAAGGUCUGGAUUCCCAGGCCACCGAUGAGGAGUGACUGUGUGUGUGCCUACUGUGUGCCUACUGCCCCUGCCCGCCUCAGGCAGGUGGAGCUCAGCGUCAGCUUUUGCGCUAACAGUGCAUGCAGGACAAAGAGGGAAAUCAAGAAAAUAAAUCGAUCUAACUUAAACAGAA